GAGUGACUGAGGCAGGGGAGAGAGAGAGAGAGAGAGAGAGAGAGAGAGAGAGAGAGAGAGAGAGAGAGAGAGAGAGAGAGAGAGAGAGAGAGAGAGAGAGAGAGAGAGAGAGAGAGAGAGAGAGAGAGAGAGAGAGAGAGAGAUGGAAAUAGAUCUUCAGAUCUAGAAAUUGAUUCAUCCAUAUAUCAAUAGAAGGUGGGCUACGUCAGAGGUGUUAGUCAGGUCUCGAGACGGCAGCCUAUAGGAGGGUGCAGCGGUAGCAGCAGCAACAGCAGCGAAGUCGAGUGCGUGUGAGCCGAGUGUGUGUGUGUGUGUGUGUGAGCGUGUCUGGAUUGGCCUGCGCCCGAAGUCUCUUCGCCGACUCGUGGGAAGCGCCGUAAAAGCUCGAACGUGGAAGCGAAACGUGAAGUGCGUUUAACAACAGUUGCUGCGACGUUCCGACGGUGCCGUUACGCAGCAGGGGUGGGGGGGGAGGGGGGGGGGGCUAUAGAGACGACACCGGGAGUUCUACGGCAACACCGUUUUUUGCAGGAGCCCCAUCCGCGCCGCUACCACCACGGCCCAGACAAGACGAUGUGUUGUGCUGAGUGGACAUAGCCCGCAUCCACAGAGCGUCCGGUGACGACCACCACCCUCCACCACCACCACCAGCCUCCUGCAGCCCUCAGUGCAGCCCCGCGUCCUUGCUUGCAGAUGGUGAUCGGCGGACGGACAGACCUCGGCCCGAUUCAUGCCGCCGAACGCGCCCGGAGCGUGAGACCCCACGAGUAGAAGCAUGCAGGUGAAGAAUCAGCAGAUAUGCACCGAAAGGAGCACCGGCGACGACCCGGAGCAGGAUGACAGCCAGAAGAAGACGUCGUGCUUCUCCAACAUCAAGAUCUUCCUCGUGUCGGAGUGCGCGCUCAUGCUGGCCCAGGGCACGGUGGGCGCCUACCUGGUGAGCGUGUUGACCACGCUGGAGCGCCGCUUCAACCUGCAGAGCGCCGACGUGGGCGUCAUCGCCAGCAGCUUCGAGAUCGGCAACCUGGCGCUCAUCCUCUUCGUCAGCUACUUCGGCGCCAAGGCCCACAGGCCGCGCCUCAUCGGCUGCGGGGGCAUCGUCAUGGCGCUGGGCGCGCUGCUGUCGGCGCUGCCCGAGUUCCUCACGCACCAGUACGAGUACGAGGCGGGCGACUCGUGGCACGCCGACGAGGGCCGCGACAUCUGCUCCAACACGUCGCGCACGGAGAGCCGCGAGGCGGGCUUCAGCUGCGGCAACCGGGCCAACACCAACAUGAUGUACCUGCUGCUGAUCGGCGCCCAGGUGCUGCUGGGCAUCGGGGCCACGCCCGUCCAGCCGCUGGGUGUGGCGUACAUCGACGACCACGUGCGCCGGAAGGACUCCUCGCUGUACAUCGCUAUCCUGUUCUCCACCCUGGUGUUCGGUCCAGCCUGUGGCUUUAUCUUAGGUUCUGUUUGCACCAAAGUCUACGUGGACGCCGCCUUCAUCGACACAAGUAAACUGGACAUCACCCCGGACGACCCGCGGUGGAUCGGCGCGUGGUGGGCGGGCUUCCUGCUGUGCGGUGCCUUACUCUUCUUCUCGUCCCUCUUCAUGUUCGGCUUCCCCCAGUCGCUGGACCCCCAGGACGUGGACAGCGGGGUGGAGAGCGAGCAGGCCAUGCUGCCCCCCUCCCUGAACACAGAGUACAACAAGCCCGGCAACGCCGCCGUGCUCCACUUUGAUGUCAACAGCGGCCUCACCGUCUGUCAGCAUCUACGAGUCAUACCUCGGGUGACCCGCUUCCUGCUGUCCAACCCCGUGUUCACCUGCGUGGCGCUGGCGGCCUGCAUGGAGAUAGCGGUGGUGGCGGGCUUCGCGGCCUUCCUGGGGAAAUACCUGGAGCAGCAGUUCAACCUCACCACCUCCUCAGCCAAUCAGCUCCUUGGGAUGACCGCCAUCCCCUGUGCCUGCCUUGGUAUCUUCCUGGGUGGGCUGCUGGUGAAGAAGCUCAACCUGUCGGCUCUGGGGGCCGUACGCAUGGCCAUGCUGGUCAACCUCAUCUCCACCGCCUGCUACGUCUCCUUCCUCUUCCUGGGCUGUGACACCGGGCCGGUCGCCGGGGUAACCGUCCCCUACGGCAACGAGACACUGAGGUCCAGGCAGCGGCUGGAGCCCGCCUGCAUCAGUAACUGUAACUGCUACACCUCCUCCGUCAGCCCCGUGUGCGGCUCCAACGGCAUCACCUACCUCUCCGCAUGCUUUGCCGGCUGCACCAAACCGAACCUGACAAGCUGUACCUGUAUCUCUUCGAACCGGGAGGAGGCAGUGGCUCUCCCGGGGAAGUGUCCGAGCCCGGGCUGCCAGCAGGCCUUCCUCACCUUCCUCUGCGUCAUCUGUGUGUGCAGCAUGAUCGGCGCCAUGGCCCAGACGCCCUCCGUCAUCAUCCUCAUCAGAACUGUGAGUCCAGAGCUGAAGUCCUACGCCCUGGGAGUCUUGUUCCUGCUGCUCAGACUGAUAGGCUUCAUCCCCCCUCCCCUCAUCUUCGGCAUGGGCAUCGACUCCACCUGCCUGCUGUGGAGCCGUGUGUGCGGGGAGCGCGGCGCCUGCAUGCUGUACGACAACGUGUCCUACCGCCACCUGUACGUCAGCAUCGCCAUCGCGCUCAAGACCUCCGCCUUCCUGCUCUACACCACCACCUGGCGCUGCCUGCGACGCAACUACCGCAAGUACAUCCCCAACGGCGAGGGCUACCUGACGCCCACGGAGAUGCUGGCGUCCAGCGUGACCCUGGACAACCUGGGCAAGGAGAUGACCCACGAGCCCAACAGCCAAACACAGUUCAUCUACAACCUGGAAGACCAGAGCACCGCAGACAACAUGGAGUCCGCCUUAUAGGGGGAGACAGGUUCCGGAGGAGAAACAGACAGGUUCAAAUACAGCAGCAAGGAAACAGUGACUCCACUUCUCAUCCACUCUUAUGAAUGCGACCAGAAACCCGUUGUCAUGACGACCAGCCUCCCUAGAAACAGCCACCUGCUCUGUGUGACUUCUCUUUUUUUUUUUUAUCUUCUCUUUUUUUUUUUACAGAUUAGUGGGGUCAUUGUUUUCCCCCCCAAAAAAAAUCUUACUUUGUCAUUUCAACUCUUCUCACAAGACUUGAAGACCGACGCGACCCAUCCAGAGCCGACCGGGUCCAAGGAGCAUCACAGUAGUAACCCUAGUUACCGUGGCCACCCUGCUAGCCGUAGGCUCGUUGAAAGAGAGAGAGAGAGAGAGAGAGAGAGAGAGAGAGAGAGAGAGAGAGAGAGAGAGAGAGAGAGAGAGAGAGAGAGUGAAAGAGAGAGAGAGAGAGAGAGAGAGGGAGAGGGAGGUAGAGAGGGAGGUAGAGAGAGACAGGUAGAGAGAGAGGGAGAGAGAGAGGUAGAGAGAGAGGUAGAGAGAGAGAGAGUGAAAGAGAGGGAGAGAUUGAGAUGUUUGUCGACAUAUACAAAAGAAUCCCUGGGGGUGUUGCUGGAGUUUGACCGCACGCAAUGGUUUGCUUCAGGGCACGUGGUCAGAAGGAAUAAACCUGGCGUUAAUUAUUCAAUAUCUCUAAAAAAUGUAAAGAAUCCAGUUUACUGAAAGUGCUAUUAUUUUUGUUAACUACUGAAUUGCGUUUCAUACUUUUCAAAGUGAUUCCAUUACUAUUAUUUUAUAAUAUUUCUGAGAGUAAAUGGCUCUCUUUUUUUUUAAGAGUGAUAAUUUUUUCAGAUGUGAGAGAAUAUUGUUCUGUUUCUGGGCAGCUUGUAACUGUUUGCCAGUCUGUGGAUGUUGGAGGUUUUGGUUUUCAUGUUGAGUCACCGCUGUUAGCUCGUAGCUAGUUCGUAGCUGUUCCCUUUACGACGUCACCCAGAACGAGCUGUCCAAUCAGCACAGACCGUGGCCUUUAGUUCCUGACAGUUCGACAUGUUCUCUUACCGGAACGCCUCUGUCAGCAGAUCUAUUUUAUCAUUUCCUCGGUUUGUUUUUAGAACCAAAUCUCCCAAACCGAAACCGUCAAAGCGCUUCUGACUUUAGCCGUUAGCCGUCGCCUGCGCCCCGAAAUGGCAGUUUAAUUCCGAAGUCCCCCCCCUCCAACCCCAAACCCCCCCGCUGUUUCCGUGGCAACGAAGCAUGAGCGCGAGCACGUAGUGGCUUGGCGUCAUCGCUCCAGUACGCUCCCAGUAGCACACACACGGCGUCGGUGAUGAUGAUGUUGAUGACGAUGACGAUGAUUAUGCUACUUCCAGAUUUCACCCUGUGCCGAAGAGGUGGCGGAUAGAGCUUUGGCCGAGACCACGAGUUUGACUACAGCAUGCCAGUAAUGCAUGCAGUUUAAGAACAAUAAAGUUAUAUCCAGUAUAUGAUACAACAGGCGCCGAGGCACAUGAUUGUCAUGGUGACAGUUAAAUCCACGCCUUUGAGAUUUAGCCAUGAAAAACGAGAGGGGGAUUAUUAUAAUGCAUAGUGCAUUGUGUGGAUGGCAAACCUUCUCUAUAUAUCUAUCUUAUGUGUUAUCUACAGCGGUCGUCUAGACUGUGGUUUGGAAGGGAGUCGCUGCGCACUGCGGUGACGUAUGGACCGUUUGAUCUAUGGGAUUCAUAGUUAGCACAUAGUGUCAGAGGAUCUAUUCGUACAGGGAGUACCGCGUAUUGUCCUUUUUCCCGGGCUUACUUUGUAAGAAUUUAAUAUGUUUUGCAUCAAAAACAUGGACUGCAUUUUUUUCUUUUUUUUUCUUUACCACUGUACUGUUAAAAAUACCUGAGGACUAAUUUAAUAUAUUGAGACGAUGGAAUGCUUCCGCCUGUAAGGUUUAAAACCGUGUGUCUUUUAAUUAUCUAUUAAGAGGCUGUUAAGAGUCUAUUCAGAGUCUGUUAAGGUUCUGUUAAGGGACUGUUAAUGGUCUAUUAAGAGUCUUUCAAAAGUCCCUUAAGGGUCUGUUAAGAGUCCCUAAAGACUCCAUUAGGAUUUGUAUUAUGCCGCGCGACACCUAUGAUACUGGUGUCCCAGCUCCUUGUCUUUUGUUUUGUAAGGGCAGGUCUUAAGUAUUCGUUUCCUUUUCCUGUUUCUGGAGCCAAACUGUCCAGUUGCCUAAUGUCUAGUUUAGCCUGUGGUGUUCAUUUGUCACCAACUCACCGUAAAAAAAAAAACUACAACAAUAACAAAAACUACAACACCCAGCACUGACUCCUUCCGUCCGCAGUAGCGAAGAAGGCAGGAUGGGUAGAGCUGUGUUGGUAGGACUAUCUCUCUCUCUGCUUUGUACUGUACAGCGGAACACAGCACUACAUAGCUUUAGACACUAGGGGCAGUAUACGACAAGAUACAACGAUACAAGACUGACCACAGCAGUAUGCAGUCUGCUGGCGUCACGUUGAAAUGUCACUACUGUCCACUGGUCUAAACGACCCCUGAACCUUGACCCACGACCCCCGACCUAUAGCACCAUUAGCUGACACGCAGACAUGUAGAAUUCUGCUUGGAGGACUGGGGUACAGACACACACACACACACACAUAGAAAUGAAUAUGCAUAACAUGUAUAAGUAUGCGCAGAAACAUAUACAAACACACACACAUAACCACAGAUACUUUCACACACGGCUAUGCAUGCACAAACACACACACACACACACACAUAAGCACUCACAUACAGACACACACCCCCGCAAGCAUGCACAUGUACACACACGAGCUCUUCAACACACACAAGCACACACACACACACAACUCUCACUAAAUUACUUACACACACAGACAAGCAAUACCACAGACACACACACACACACACACACACUUACAGACACACACACGCACACAAGCACUCACUCCCACAGGACCCUUGAGUUCUUUGUAGCCUUUUGUGAUGAUGCCUCAUUUUGUUUCUAGCAUAUCAAAAGUGUCCCAACUUGUAUUGCCUAUAAAUGCUGUAUAACCAUGUUAUUUAGGAUGUAUUACUUGUUCUGAUGUAGUUUUUCUUUCUACGCGUGGAUUUGCUGUCUUACUUUAGACGAUUCUCUCUUUCCAUCGAGGCAAGCGGAUCGAUGUUUUGUGUUUCAGUCCAAUUGAUGAAAAAAAAAAAAUACAACAAUGUUUUGCUUGAAAAUGGCACCAAUGUUGAA